AUGGAGUACCUCAAGUUUUACAUUUUGUUUUCAUGCUGGAUGACCUGUGCGAACACACUCGGGUCCACUGACACACCCCGGGGUCCUGCGUCUAUUCCUAUUGAAAAAUUGCUCGUGCUAACUGUGGCAACAGAAGAAACAGAUGGCUUUCUCCGCUUUAUGCAAUCUGCAAACUAUUUCAACUACACUGUGAAGGUGUUGGGAAUGGGCGAUGAAUGGAAAGGUGGUGAUGUUGGCCGCUCUAUCGGUGGAGGGCAAAAAGUCAGACUACUGAAGGAGACCAUGGAAGGUCUUGCUGACCAGGAGGACCUUGUGAUCCUCUUUGUUGAUAGCUAUGAUCUUAUCUUCGCUGGGGGACCAGAGGAGAUACUCAGGAAGUUCCAGCAAGUCAAUCAUAAAGUCAUUUUUGCUGCAGAAGGGCUGAUAUGGCCAGAUAAGCGACUGGCUGACAAGUAUCCCUCAGUCCGAAGUGGCAAGCGGUAUCUCAACUCAGGAGGAAUAAUUGGGUAUGCCCCAUACAUCAACCGAAUUGUUUCACAGUGGAACCUUCAUGACAAUGACGACGAUCAGCUUUUCUACACCAAAAUAUUUGUGGAUUCACUACAAAGAGACUCCCUCAACAUGACACUGGACAACAAGUGCCAGAUUUUCCAGAACCUUAAUGGAGCAAUUGACGAAGUACUCCUCAAAUUUGGAACGAACCGUGUGAGAGUCAGAAAUACAGCGUAUGACUCUCUGCCGGUGGUUGUCCAUGGCAACAUGAAUACCAAACUGUACUUGAACUACCUGGGCAACUACGUUCCCAACACAUGGAACUAUGAACACGGUUGCAGCCACUGUGACGAUGAUGUCGUGGAUAUAUCUCAGUUGAAAGAGUAUCCCAAUGUGUUGGUCGGCGUCUUCAUCGAGCACCCGACGCCAUUUCUUCCCGAGUUCUUCCAACGUUUAAUGACAUUGGAUUACCCCAAAGACAAGCUCAAUGUUUUUGUCCACAACAAUGAGGUUUACCACGAGAGGCACAUGCAGAAGUUUUGGGAGGAACAUAAGAAUGUGUUCCGCAGUUUGAAGGUUGUUGGACCGGAAGAGAAUCUUAGCCAAGGAGAGGCCAGAAAUAUGGCUAUGGAUAUUUGCCGCCAGGACAUCACAUGUGACUUCUACUUCAGCAUAGACUCAGACGUGAUGCUCACCAACACACAGACUCUGAAACUCCUCAUAGAGCAAAACAGGAAAAUUAUCGGUCCCCUCGUCACUCGCCACAACAAACUGUGGUCUAACUUCUGGGGAGCGUUGAGUCUGGAUGGUUAUUACGCACGCUCGGAAGAUUACGUUGAUAUUGUGCAGAGAAAACGAGUGGGUGUAUGGAACAUUCCUUACAUGGCACACAUCUACCUGGUUAAGGGCAGUGUUUUGAGGAAUGAGUUAAAAGAAAGGAACUACUUUGUUCUUGAGAAACUGGACCCUGACAUGGCUUUGUGUAAACACACAAGAGAGCUGACCAGUCAGAGAGAAAAAGAGUCCCCUUCUCCGGAAUCAUUCCAUAUGCUCAGGCCCCCAAAGGGAGUCUUCAUGUACUUAACAAACAGACACGACUUUGGAAGGCUCAUUUCCGCAGCCAAUUAUAACACUUCUCAUUAUAACAGUGACUUGUGGCAGAUAUUUGAAAACCCCCUGGACUGGAAGGAGAAGUACAUCCAUCCAAACUACAUGAAAAUUUUCACUGAGAACCACAUGGAAGAGCCUUGUCCAGAUGUGUUUUGGUUCCCAGUCUUCACAGAAAAGGCCUGUGAUGAGCUAGUGGAGGAGAUGGAGAACCACGGCUCGUGGUCUGGUGGCAAACAUGAGGACAAGCGGAUUGCUGGAGGUUACGAAACCGUUCCGACGGACGACAUUCACAUGAAGCAAAUCGGAUUUGACAAGGAGUGGCUUCACUUCAUCCGAGAGUUUAUUGCGCCUGUCACGCUUAAAGUUUUCUCAGGGUAUUAUACAAAGGGUUACGCGGUCAUGAACUUCGUCGUUAAAUACACUCCUGAGAGACAAGCAUACCUGAGGCCGCACCAUGACUCCUCCACCUUCACUAUCAACAUUGCCCUCAAUAACAAAGAUGUAGACUUUCAGGGUGGUGGCUGUCGUUUCCAUCGGUACAACUGUUCGAUAGAGUCGCCUAGGAAAGGCUGGAGCUUCAUGCACCCAGGACGACUAACUCAUCUCCACGAAGGUCUACCCACCACCAACGGCACACGCUACAUCGCAGUGUCCUUCAUCGACCCCUAA